ACUUUGACAUGAACAGAUCUUGAGAGGCAUCAUGGAGACUGGUGCAGCGCUGCUGUUGCUGGUCGCUCUGCUGGGGAAGAGCUCAGCUGUCAGCUUUUAUGGAGACAGCAUCAGUUUCUCACCUCUACAGAUGAACACAGAUGGGAGAUACAAGGUGACUUUCUUUCACCGAGAAAAUGGCAGAAAUGACUGUCAGAACCAGGCGUCAUUGUUCUGUGAAGGUGGGGUGUGUAUGGACUUGGAUGAGUCGGAUACACUCCGAACGGACCAGGACUCUUCAGGCCAAGGCAGGUGGUGCCAGACUGAAAAACGCACAACAGCAACCUUCCAGGCCAAUGGGACAAGCUUUACUCUAAGAGACUCAGGCUGCUGCUGGCCCUCUAAUGUGGACGGGAAAAUCACCUGGAUGAGCCACGCAGAGCUGGAUCUGGGAAUUCGAUCAGAUUCCUACCGCAUCAACAAUUGUCCCGUCACAGCAACAGUGUCUUCCUUACGGGUUCCUCAGAACUGUUUUACCCAGCUCCGUCUUCUAGCUCAUGAUCCAGAUGGAGAUGCAGUGAGAUGCCGCUUUGCUUCAGACGCCACAACAAACUUUACUCUGGAUGAGAAUACGUGCACGCUGAGAAGCACAGGAAAACUCCAACCUGGCGUCCACGUGUUUGAGCUAAUGAUGGAGGACUUCUCCACCAAAAACAUCACGCUGACCUACGCUGAUGGAAGCAUAGUGACCCGAGAGGCCUCCAACAUGAACCUACCUCCUCUCUGUAAACUGAAGCUGAACUUCCUGUUGGAAGUCAUUUCUCCAACAUCGAGCUGUGUGGCUGCUGACAUGCUGCCCAUGUUCCUGUCCAGGACGCCAUCACAUGGAGAUGUUCUUCACGCCAGCGUGGGUCAGACCUUCCAGCUCUAUGCUCAGGCCCAGGCUCAGAACGCUCAGAUCCAGAGCUUCCAGGUCAGCGGGCCACACAACAUGACCCAGGAGUUCAGAACCGAGUCGAAUGGAAAGGCAGAAGUCACUAUGAGCUGGACCCCAAACGAAAUGGACGUAAACAGAUUAAUUCCAGUCUGUUUCACUGCAGAAACGGCAACGACCCAAUCAGAGAUGAGAUGUGUCAUCAUUAUGGUGUCUCAUUCCACCUUCACGCAAGGCAAAGCCACUGUUCAAUGUUUACCCAACAAGAUGACGGUGGUGUUGGAUAAAGCGUCCAUGCCUGAUGUCAGUGAGGAAUUCCUGUCCCUGAGAGACCCAUCGUGCACGCUCACCACCAACGGCACUCACAUUGUGGGAACCAUGUCUUUCAGCACCUGUGGCACUAAGCUCGAGGAUAAAGGAGACUACAUCGUCUUUAAGAACGAGAUCCACUCCAUCGAGCGGUCUGACGAGGUCAUCAUCCGAAGGAACAUGGUUAAGAUUGACUUCUUCUGCGAGUUUUCCAAAACCAUCAGCGUCUCCAACUUCUACAGCCUCCACCAGGCGGACUACAUCUUUACCGAGUCCAGCUUUGGCAGCUUCGGCUACAGCUUUGAGAUAUUCCGAGACAGUAACUUCACCAACAGGGUGGAGCCCAACGCCUACCCAGUGCAGAUCAAGCUGAUGGAGAUGAUUUACUUGGGCAUCCAGGCCAUGUCAGAGCUCCCAAACGUCACCUUGUUUGUUGAGUCAUGCAAAGGAACUCCAGACAACAACCCGGACAACCCCAUAUACUAUGACCUCAUCAAGAACGGGUGUGUGAAAGACAAGACUCUUAAGGUCCACCCAUCGAAUCAGACUUUGUACAACUUUGAGAUCCAGUCCUUCAAAUUCAACGGAUAUUAUGACCAGGUUUACAUCACUUGCUCCGUCAUCCUGUGCGAGCCUGGGAAUCCCUUUUCCAGAUGUGCGCAGGGAUGUCUGAACGAGCCGUCCCGCCGACGCAGACGAGAGCUAAGCAUGGAGACCACCGGACACUACAUUACCCAGGGUCCCCUCCAGCUAGUUGGUUCAGCUGGUCCCAGUGUAGCCAAGGAGGAUAAGAGGAUAAAUGUAGCACCAAAAAGUGACAUGUCUCCUGAAGUGAAAUAUCCACCAGUAGUUCCUGAAACCAGAUCGAAUGGAGAAUACUGGAGAUUCACGGAGAUUUUUGCCUCCAACAUCACCACGGUGUUCUUUGCCAGUGGCUUCAUCCUGUCGCUGGUUCUGCUGGCUGUGGUGGUUCGUCACUUCAGCAGGAGAAGAAGAGCUGAGGACCUUGAUUUUCUCAUUGAAGACAAGUUUGAGAAAUAAAACAAACUCGUCUCUGAGAACCUCUAAAAACAUAUGAAUUAAUGGGACAUAUUACUUUUUAUCAUUUUAUCAUUAAAGUGGACAAUCGCAGCAUGAUCUUUGGUUUUUAUUCCUGUACUGAUGAACCCAGCAAGCUUAGUUUCCUCACAGAACAUCUAAAACACCAAAAAUAAAACCCAUUUUCUUUUAGCCAUACAAACCAGCUGUGUUUCUAAAGUCAUUAUUCAAAAUAGCAGAAGCUUGUGGGUCCAACUCCACACUUUAAAAGAUCAGGCAACAGCUUUACUAAUAUGUCUCCUUUGAUUUGUGUUUCCUUUUUUCAUGCAGGUUCAUCUGAAGCUGUUAUGAUGAUUUGGGAGUUAGCAUUGGUUAAAUCAAGCAGGUAUCUUCAGAACAUUAAAAAGAAUAUUUUAGAGGAACGUUUCUGCUAAAAUUGCUGUAAAUAUAGGAAAUACUUGGAAAUGGUUUUAUUGCCAGCAGGUUGAGAGUUGAACAAUGCAGGCCAGUUUACAGUUACAUCAAAUAAAAGGUAUUUUAAUGCCUAUGGUCUAUCUAAAAGAUCAGUGAUCCAACAAGCCCACAGAUAUGAAAUCACCUGUUUUUACAUGCUGAGCUUGAGAAAAACCAGCUGAUCAGAUCUUUAAACUUUAGUUUUACUCAAAGCUCACAGAACCGGUUCCCCUUCUCCUGUCAUUAUCCUGGACUUAAAAUAAGUAAACAGAUGGGUUCAGCUGGAUGCUUUCAUACUACUCUUUUUUUGUCAUUAACAUCUCUAAUUGUGUUUUUUGUCAUAAUUAGGUUUUUUUUCUUUUUAGGGAAAUUAAAUACAAUUUUUAGGGGUCUGUGUUCAUAUUAUUAAGGCAAAUGCUACAAUUAAAAGAGAGGGGCUUUAUAUACACAUUCCUCUUGUUGGUAUGUAAUAAAGAGCUUAUGGGA